AUGAAUCCGACAAACACGACUGUGGGCAAGUCCCUGCCAACGACCUCGAGCCAUUCCACCAACCAAGCGGGCGCCUCCUCGGCCAGCUUCGAGUCGGCUCGUCGACCGAGUCAAACGGGGCACUCGACCCCUCAGGCGAUGCCGAGAAGGACGCAGGUAUCCCGGAAGCAGCACAAGAAUCAACGACGGCCCGGCGCUGCCCCGAGAGUGGAACGUCCCCUGGACGACUAUGACCACAUGGCCGAGCUGCGGGCAGUUAGAAAUGCAUCCAGCCGUCGUGGCCAGACGUCCAUAACCCACCUCCUGACCUACGCACCCCCGCAGUCGUUUCAAGAUCAGAUGCACCAGCCGAGGUCCUAUCGACGCAAUCCCACCUGGGGACCCGGCUCGGGAUAUCACGCCGCCGACAAGUCGAGAUAUGUCCAUGCCAACUACCGAUUCGUCGUCACCCCCGAAGCAUCCUACGCCAAUCACGCCGCGGAUGCCGAUCUGUACCUUGACUGGGCCAACAUCUUGCAGGUCAUCGUCUCCAACGUUUCUCAGUCGGCUUCCUGCCCCAUUUGUCUCUCGGAACCGGUCGCUCCUCGCAUGGCCAAGUGCGGCCACGUUUUUUGUCUCCCGUGCUUGAUUCGCUUCAUGCACUCGACCUCGACCGACGACGAGUCGAAAGCGGGCAAGGGCCCACGCUGGAAGAAAUGUCCAAUCUGCGAGGAUAGCAUCUACAUGCAGGAAGCACGACCGGUGCGUUCUUACGCGGGGCAGGAAACGCCUCUGCCCCGCGUUGGAGACGAUGUGGUCCUGCGACUCAUGGCCAGAAAGGCGAAUUCGACGCUGGCUUUGCCGAGGGAAGGCGGCGGAGAAGCGUUGAACUUGGACGACAUCCCCUGGCAGUUCGCCGCAAAUGUGCUGGACUACGCUCGAAUCAUGAAAGGCACUGCCGAGUACAUGAACGGCCAGUUCGACGACGAGUUGGCUGCGUUGGCAAAGCAGGAGAUGGAAGACGAAGUUUUGUUUGGCCAAGACAACGAAUGGACCCAGAAGGCGACGAAAGCGGUGAUUGCCGAAAAGGGGCGAAUGGAGUCCUUGGCCAACGCCGAAGCCGCCGUCCCGGCACCGGAUACGAAUGGGUCAAAGCAGCCCGCCGAGGCCGACUUUUACUUUUACUGCUCGCCGCCGCACCUGUACCUGUCACCGCUCGACAUUCGCAUCCUCAAAACAAAGUACGGCGCGUUUUCCAACUUCCCGACGACACUUCUGCCAAGGAUCGAGCACAUCUCGACUGGCCAUGUCGUGGACGAGGCGUUGCGAAAGCGGGCGAAAUAUCUAAGUCAUCUUCCCCGAGGCUGCGUGAUCAGCUUUCUGGAGUGUGACUGGACAGACAUCGUCCCGGCCGAAACGUUGGAAUCCUUCUCUGGAGAAAUCGAUCGGCGCCGGAAACGGAAUCGCGACAAGGCGGCCCAGGAAGAGCGCGAACGCCAGCAAGCAGAACGCAUGGAAGCAGCCGACAUCCGGCGAACGUUGGGCACACGCCGCGACGUCGAGUCCCUGGAGGAGCCUGCCUCUUCCACGAUUGAUCUUUCGGACUUCCAACCUCUCGGCGGACAGACGGACGCCAAUUCGUCGGAUUGCCGACUUGGCUUCGACAGCCUCGCCUCCAUGUCGACCAGCCCGUCCACGCAGCGAACCGUUUGGGGCACUGCUGCGAUCCCCGGGUCGCCAGAUCUGGAGCCAUGUCAGACGUCCGUGUCUGUGGAUGACGGAUGGCUGAAGGACGACGAUCUCUUGGGCACCGCCGAGCUGGCGAUGCAGAUAGAGGCCAUUGAGGCCGUGGAAAGCGUUGCUGGCGGGGCGAACGGCGGAACAAGAAAGGGCAAAAAGAAGAAGCAAAAAAUAACGCUGAUGAGUACAGGUGGUAGGAGAGGGAACUAG